AUGAAACCUGUCAAUGUAACUGUUGGUAAUGAAAAACAUAUACUUCAGACAAUUUACAAACCUCUUCAGAGUGAACAGGCGCGAAAACAAAAUAAAUUCAAAGUUGGAGAUAAAGUUCGAAUAAGCAAGUAUAAACAUGUUUUUGAAAAGGGCUACACACCAAACUGGACGACUGAAAUUUUCACAAUUAAAACAAUACAAAAAACGAAUCCAACAACUUAUAAACUGAUUGAUUAUCAGGAUCAACCGAUAGAAGGAGAAUUUCAUGCAAAAGAACUCAGUAAAGUCAAGUAUCCAGAUAUAUAUCUAUUUGAGAAAAUAAUUAAAAAGCAUGGAAGUAAAAUGUAUGUUAAAUGGUUAGGAUUUGAUAAUUCACAUAAUAGCUGGAUUAAUAAGUCUGAUUUAUAA